AUGUUAUCUACUUUGUUGUCAAAGACAGUAGAGGUACUGAAGCAUCUAUUCAGUAUGUAUGUGCUGCUGGAGCAGCUAGUAAGUGAUAACGGUCCUCAAUUCCCAUCUGACGAGUUUCACCAGUUUAUCAAAAGCUCUGGAAUCAAACAUUAUUGUUCGGCUACUUACCAUCCAGCCACAAAAGGAGCUGCAGAGAAAUUUGUACAAAUGUUGAAACAAGCUCUGAAGACAGAAAAACAAGCAGGGAAGCCAACUAAAGAGAAUGGAGAGGUAGCGCAGAUUUUAGGUCCCAGAUUAUUAUUAGUUAAGUUGGAUGAUGGCUCAAUGGUUAAGAAGCAUAUAGACCAAGUGCAGCAUAGAAUAGUAACAUCAAAAGAAGUAACUGAAGAUCUCCUUCAGGACCUUGACCUUCCAUUACCAACCGCUCAACAAGAGGAAGAACCUUUACUUACAACAUCAGCUGUGGAUGAAGGAGUACAAAAUUCCACCAACACUACACCUGUGGUGCCCCAGCAAAGGUAUCCUCUAAGAGACAGACGUCCACCUGAUCGUUUUGUCUGUUUUUAA